AUUGGCUGCCUUCUCCACUUGCCCUCCUGGAAGAAGGAGCAGGCAAAGCCCAGCUGCACAACGUGGCUCCAAUCCCUCCUUUCCUGUGAAAAAUGGGUCAGUCUGCUCCCCCCUCCAGCCCAGAAAUACCAGGCCAGUCCCAGAUCCUCUGAGGAUAAUAACAAUACCUGUUGCACAGGGAUGUUGCAGGGUGUAUAGAUUGAUGUUUGUGACACAGCUCUCUUCAGAUGGAAGGAGCCCCAGCAUCAGCCUGUGAGAAUAUGAUGCCUGUGCAUAUGGGGGUCCAGCCCCAGCCAAGUCCAGCCCCCUAUGAGAUCCAGAUUGAUGCAUCUUCCUUUGUGAACAGGCAGCCGAUUAAUGUUCAGAUUGUAGGGCCGGGAUACAGAGGCCUGUUGCUGGAAGCUCGCACCUUUGGCUCCACGGCUGCAUUUGGCACUUGGCAGAAUCCUGCCAAUAACACUAAGUUCUUACAGUGCUCUGGAAACCCAAAAGGUGCGAUUACUCAUUCUAACACCGAGUUAAAAACAAGCCUGACCACUUAUACCUGGCUGCCCCCAACCUCUGGUUGCCCUGCCAUUAUUACAUUCAUGGCAACUGUAGCACAGUCUCGUGAAAUUUAUUGGCUCGGUGUCCAAUCCAAAGUGAUCUGGAGAGAGUCUAAAGCUACAUGUGGUGCUGAGAAGUUUACAUGGACAGUUACUGUUGUGACAAUGAUGUCUUUCCACUUAAUAUAAGUAGCCAGGCAAAAGCAGUAAGUGCUGGAGUUUCAGAGGAUCUAUUCAAUGGCUAACAAAUACAGACCCUGUACAUAAUCACUACAUUUGCUUCUGCCAUGAAGUGGAUUCUGGAAGCCUAAGGCCUACAUCUACACACGUUAUACUUUAACUCUAUUGGUACAGUUUAAAAACAGUAAUACAACCCUCUACAGUGCAGUUAUACUGGUACAGCUUAUUCCCUACAGGCAUGUUAGACAAGUAUAACAAUGCCCUCUCAACCCUAACCAAUGCUGUUUUAAUAUUAAAUUAUCUGUAUGUAGACUAGGACUAAGGUUAAAGUUGAGUAGUACAAAGCCAUAGUGGAAUCUCAGAAGCUAGAACAGACCUGAGAAACAAAAUUAAUGCCAUGACUUCAACUCCAUUCUAAAUUAGAACCUAUAUAAGAUCAGCACCUUUGAUUUGUAUAAGGAACGGUACACAUCAGGAUAUCACGACAAUAUCUGUAUACCUUUUCAUUAUACAUGAAUUGUACAAAACAUCUUUCAGAAUUAACAGACAAUGGCCUGCUACAAUAAUAUAAUUAAACCUCUGUUAUUUUACCCUAACUAAAUUGGCAUUGUAUUCGCUAAUGGCACAUUAACAGCAGUGGUACACUCCAGAAGUAAUUUCUUAAAAGGCUUGUCAUUUCAUUAAGUAAUGACUGUAUUGCUACUAUUCUUUGCAACCUCUCCUUUUUGAGAAGGGUAACCUACAAUUGAUCAUGUGACAGCAGAAGUCGAUGCUUUAACAGCUUUGUAAUGAAUACAAAGUUAAGGCUUAGCAUUGCUCCUUGCAUGACAAUUUCAUGAGGGGGGACACAACCUCAAUAAAUGGUUAUUUUUGCUAUUUACAGCAGCUUAGUAGUUUAUUAGUGUAUCUGCAGAGAGUUCUAAAGGUUACUGAAAGUAACAGGCAUAUAAAUAAAAUAGAUUUAACUCUCCCUGGCACUCCACUAACUUUUGUUGCAAGUUUCUUAGCUGGAAGCA